GCCGUUGGCCUUGCUUGAUUAUUUUCUUUAUUUUAAAAAAUUUGUUUCUCUCUCUUUUUCUUGUUAUUAAUAAAAGGCCAUCGGGAGAAUAGCAAGUGAUAUUCAAACAUAAGCCAAAGAAAGAUAUAGAAGCAAAACCAAAAAUGCCUACUUCACAGUCACACUGAGGAAGAAAAACAGUGACCAAAUAUAUCAGAAAAAAAAAAAAAAAAGAGCCAAACCGAAGCUGUUUCUUUCCCCUUGUCGUUGUUUGUUUCUUGUUCCAAAUAGUAUAUAUUAUUAUGGAGGUGUUUUUACAGUACUGGUUGAAGCUGGUUAUGAUAUGCUUGAUGGUGUUAGUUUUGGUGUUAAAAAUAGCAGUGUUGCUUUGGUGGAGACCUAAGAAGAUUGAACAACAUUUCUCAAGGCAAGGGAUCAAAGGACCACCUUAUCAUUUCUACAAUGGAAAUGUUAAGGAAGUUAUGGCCAUGAUGUUAAAGGCUUGUUCACAACCUAUACCUUUAUGUCACAACAUUCUCCCUAGAGUCUUCGCUUUUUACCACCAUUGGAACAAAAUUUAUGGCGGAAUGUUUCUGGUGUGGUUCGGUCCGACGGUUCGGGUGACAGUGUCGGAUCCUGACAUGAUAAGGGAAAUCUUGAGUUCCAAGUCUGAAUUGUAUGAAAAGAAGGAAGUUCAUCAUUUGAUAAAACGGCUAGAAGGUGAUGGCUUACUUAGUCUCAAUGGUGAAAAAUGGGGUCAUCAUAGAGAAACCACAACUCCCAUUUUCCAUAUGGAGAAUCUUAAGCUGCUGGUGCCGAUGGUGGUACAAAGUGUGAGUGAAAUGGUAGAGAAAUGGCGGAGGAGCAGAUCCGGGGAGAUUGAAAUUGAAGUUUGCGAAUGGUUUCAGAGACUUACGGAAGAUGUGAUAAUGCGUACGGUGUUUGGGAGCUGGUAUGAAGAUGAUGAUGGGAAAGCCAUUUUUCGUUUACAAGCACAACAAAUGGUGCUUACUGCUCAGGCUUUGCGAAUUGUUUCCUUACCUGCCUAUAGGUAUUUACCGACCAAGAGGAACAUAAGUUGUUGGAAAAUGGACAGGGAGAUUAAGAGGUCGUUGAUGAAGCUGAUCGAGCGCCGGAAAAUCGAUACGAGGGGCGUACUGCAAGAGAAUGCGGCCAAAGAUUUGGUGGGAUUAAUGAUGCAACCCUCUUCUAACAUCACCGUCGACGACAUGGUUGAAGAAUGCAAGACCUUUUUAUUCGCCGGCAAACACACCACUUCCAAUUUGCUGACUUGGACCACUGUUCUUCUAGCAAUGCACCCACAGUGGCAGGUUCAGGCACGUGAGGAGGUGAUAAGGGUGUGCGGAUCACGUGAUGUUCCCACCCAAGAUGAUGUUGUUAAGCUUAAGACGCUGACUAUGAUCUUAAAUGAAUCCUUACGAUUAUAUCCACCAACAAUAGCCACAAUUAGACAGGCCAAAGUUGAUGUAAAGCUAGGGGAUUACAUCAUUCCUCGUGGGACCGAGCUUUUGAUACCAAUCUUGGCCCUUCAUCACGAUCAAGCCAUAUGGGGAAGCAAUGCUAAUGAGUUCUACCCGCCUCGCUUCUCCGGAGGUGUGGCACGAGCAGCUAAACACCCUCUCGGGUUCAUCCCAUUCGGCCUUGGGGUCCGUACAUGUAUAGGAAAAAACCUCGCCAUUUUACAAGCUAAGUUAACCCUUUCCAUCAUACUUCAACGCUUCUCCUUUAAGUUAGCCCCAACUUACCAACAUGCACCCACAGUUUCGAUGCUACUUUACCCACAACAUGGAGCACCAAUUAUCUUUAAGCCCUUGUCCCAUAGAGAUGAGUCACCUUGAUUUUAUCUCCUCUCCAUUGUUGCAUUUUAAAGCAUAUAUUAUCAAAGAAAAAUAGAGAUAAUUUGCAAGAAAAAGGGGGCAAAAAAAUUGGCAUGAAAAUCUUGGUUUUCACCAUUGUUGUGUUUUGUUACCCUUUAGUCUCUUUUUAUGAGUUCAUUUAGGAUUUUAGGCAAAUGGCUAAUGAGUGGAUUAUCGAUAGGCUUCUUCAUAUGCAUUUUGUCUCACCAAUUUGUACGUAGUGUAUACUUGUAACACAGUUUUAUAGUAAUAUUUUGUAAUGUAUACUAUAUUUGUAAGUUGUAGCACAAUGUUUGGGCAUAUAUAUAGGUUUAAUCAUACUCCCGUUCUUAUA